AUGGGAUCGCCUUCUGAGAUCAUCGAUAUCUCUACUAGUGCUCGGAGAAUAGGCGUCGACAAUCGUAUUUCUCUCAAAUUUUACUUCAGGAUCGCAGAUAAUAUCCUCAAACAGGCCAACAUUUUUCGGGCAGAGAAGAAUGUUAUUGAUUUAUAUGUCAUGCUUCUGCGUUUUUCGAGCUUGGCUCUCGAGACUAUACCCUCCCAUCGAGAUUAUAGAACAUCUCUUAAAAGCAACAAAGAGUAUUUGCGAAUGAGACUAUUGGAUGUCUUGGGUGAGCUUGAGAAGUUGAAACCAGUUGUACAGCAAAGGAUCGAUGAACUGAAUCCCAAGCCCAUACCUCGAUAUAAUGUGCAAGCUCAUCCAGCAAAUGGUUCCCAACGCUGGUCUAUGGCCGCAAAACCAUCGUUAGGUAGCUAUGACCAAGCAAAGGUAAUAAACCCUAGUGGACAGAAUUUUGGCUACAUGGGUUCCAGGGGUCAGCAAUACUUGAACGCUGCACCGCUUGAAGACCGUUUCCGAAAGAUGUCAGUAAACUUUGUCCGACCAACAGAUGAAUCCCUUUCCAAGCACUCUAUCUUGGGUCCAAAUGGACUCCGUGCACAGUGGCAGCCCCCAAAGAAUGAUAUAAGGGUUCAAUACCCAAGCAAUAUAGAUUUUUCGCCAGUUGAAAUCCCAAGCUUUCAAAAACUCUUGGAUAACAAACCAAUGAUAACAAACGGCAGUAACAGCGAACCUGAGAGGCCAACUGUGGAAUCAAGUGCCACUACAACUGAAAAUGUCCAGAAAAAUUACACGGAGGAGCUUUCUUCCAUGAUUUCUUUCGAAGAACCAGAAAGCGUUGCUGAAAACAAAAUCAUUAGGCAACCUUCACCACCUCCUGUGCUUGCAGAAGUUCAAGACUUGGCUCCUGCUUUAUGUCCUGAAGCCAGAGAAGCGGAGUGUAACAUAGAGAACUCUCUGCCAGAUGAGUCUCUGCGGGCAGAGUCUCCCCUUGAACUCCAUAUAGCAACAACAAUGAUGGACACCUUUAUGAGGCUUGCUAAGUCAAACACUAAGAAGAAUUUAGAGACUUGUGGUAUUCUUGCUGGCUCACUAAAAAACAGGAAGUUUUAUAUAACAGCUCUCAUCAUACCAAAGCAGGAAUCAACAUCUGACUCGUGUCAAGCGACAAACGAAGAGGAGAUAUUUGAAGUACAGGACAAGCAAUCCCUUUUCCCACUUGGAUGGAUUCAUACGCAUCCGACACAAUCUUGUUUCAUGUCAUCCAUUGAUGUUCACACACACUAUUCAUACCAGAUUAUGUUGCCGGAAGCUGUGGCAAUCGUUAUGGCGCCACAAGACUCUUCAAGGAAUCACGGAAUAUUCCGGCUGACAACUCCGGGAGGAAUGACGGUGAUAAGGAAUUGUGACCGGCGUGGGUUUCACGCGCAUAGUUCGCCGGCGGACGGAGGACCAAUUUACAAUACGUGUGCGGAUGUUUACAUGAACCCUAAUCUAAAGUUCGAUGUCAUUGAUCUCCGAUAG